GAUUUAAUCUAACCUAACCUAACUCGACACCGGACGUGUGUAUGUACACACGCUUUUCUUUUCUUUCGGAUCGCGGUUAUGCCGGCUCCUUUUCUACUCGUGCACACACCUACGUAUCGAGGACGAGAGAGAUAGGAUGGACGAGGCAGUCACCACGCCGCCUACAUUUAAACGGAGUUUCUCAGAACGGAUUUACUGUGUAGAGUUUUCGCCGUACGAGUGGUCGCAGCACUUGAUCUGCAUUGCCCUCGCCAAGGAGAUCGUCGUUGGUACUGUUAAAUUUCAGGAUGAAGAUGAUGCUGUGGAAGAGAUGGCAUAUAGUCCUAUUAGAACAUUUCAUCACGAUGCCAGGCCCCAUGCGAUCGCUUGGAGCCCAGAAACCUCCCUGAGUAUUGUCCCCAAAAUUGUCACAUUUUGCGUUGCUGGAUCAGAUUUCAAAAUAAGACUAUACAAUAGCAAUCUGAAUGACGUCAAUAUGUUCGAGAUUUUAGAAGGCCAUAAAGAUUAUAUGAAUGCAAUCUCCUAUGAACCAGAAGGUGAACUAUUGGCAUCAGUCUCUGAUGAUCAUACAUGUAAGCUGUGGGCUGUUAAAGAGAACCAAAAGUGUGUAUCUACAUUUUACUUAACGUCACCUGGAACUAGUGUAUGUUGGCAUAAUGAAGAAUCUGGCAAGCUCUUAGUAGCAGAAAAGAACGGUUUAAUACGUAUGUACAAUGUCAGAAGUCAUCAAGCUAUUAUGUCUCUUGAUUCAGGAGUUGUUCCCUUGACUGCAGCUGACUGGGGACCCAAUCCCUUAAAAGUUGCAUCGAUAGCUGCUGGAGAAUUGUUGCUUUGGGAUGUGUCUAGACCCAGUCGUCCUCUUGAUGAGCGGACACUUCAUGUGGAAGGUGGUUUAACAGUAAAAAUCUCACAUGCGAAUGAAAAUCUGAUAUCAAGUAUUGGAUGGCCGGAUAAUUUAUUGAAGGUUGUUAAUUUAAAAUCGAAAGUAGUAGUAUUGUGUGGAAAGGUAAAGUUAAUUGGUGGUACGACAUGGCAUUAUAAAUUACCAUAUGUUUGUGCUGGAAGUGACAGAGAAUUAUGUUUCUGGAGAAUAAAUGUAAAUUAGUAUACAUCAAAUAUGAUUUUGUCCAUAAAUGAAAUUCUGACUUUUCAGAACUUGGGAUGUUACAUAGCGAUUUAAAUAAUUUUUUUUUAUUAUACUUUAAUGUUUCUUUAUGAGUUGAUUAAGAGAAUUAAUUUUUAUACACAACACAUUAGUAAUAGUUUGAGAUAUUUUGAUUUUCAUUAGAAGUAUAUUCUCUUAUUACAUAUAUGCGAUAAAUUAAUUUAUAUAUACAUAUAAAUCUUUGGAGGUAAAAAAUUUUACACUUGUGUAAAAAAUGCGUAAAAAAGAAAAAAA